GUCCCGCACGCGACAACCGCUCUCCCGCAAGCAUGGCGGACGAAGACCUCAUCUUCCACAUGGAGUGCCUCGAUAACGCCAAAGUCACAAAGGCGACCUCUGGAAACCACCGCGAGGGCGACAGCGACGAGGAAGACGCUUAUUUCAUUUGCCCGAUCACGGACGACCCCGUCUCCGUCAAAGCCGCAAACGGCAAAGGCGCCAACUAUUACAGCAAUUUGGUCAAAAACGAGCAGUAUUCCUCCAGCUCUUCUCCGAGGAAUUCUUUCCAUUUCAAGGAAGCUUGGAAGCACGCCAUCGAGAAAGCCAAGCACAUGCCUGACCCCUGGGCGGAAUUUCAUCUGGAGGACAUUGAAACCGAACACGCCACCCGGUACAGGUACAACGCCGUUACCGGGGAGUGGGUCGAAGACGAGGUGCUGAUCAAAAUGGCGUCCCAGCCGUUUGGCCGCGGUGCGAUGCGGGAAUGCUUCCGGACGAAAAAGCUGUCCAAUUUUUUGCACACUCAGAACUGGAAAGGGGCCUUCAACUACGUGGCCAAGCGGUACAUCGAGACGGUCAACAGAGACGUCUAUUUCGAGGACGUGCGGCUCCAGAUGGAGGCGAAGCUGUGGGGGGAAGAAUACAACCGGCAUAAGCCGCCCAAGCAGGUGGACAUCGUCCAGACCUGCAUCAUCGAAAUGAAGAACCGGCCGGGCAAGCCCCUCUUUCACCUGGAGCAUUAUAUCGAGGGCAAAUACAUCAAAUACAACUCGAACUCAGGCUUUGUGCGAGACGACAAUAUCCGCCUCACCCCGCAGGCUUUUAGUCACUUCACGUUUGAACUGUCAGGGCACCAGCUCAUCAUCGUUGACAUCCAAGGCGUCGGAGACCUUUACACCGACCCUCAGAUCCACACGGAGAGCGGCACAGACUUCGGGGACGGCAACCUAGGUGUACGAGGCAUGGCGCUGUUCUUCCACUCCCAUUCGUGCAACAAGAUCUGCCGGAGCAUGGGCCUGACGCCGUUCGAUCUCUCUGCCAAAGAGAACGACGCCUUGUAUCGCAGCAAUAAGCUCCUCGAAUCUGCACGGACAGUUGUGCGGGGCACGGAAGAGAAAUGCGGCAGCGCCCGAGUGAGAACCGUCUCCGGCAGCCGCCCUCCUCUGCUUUUCCGUUUGUCCGAAAACUCUGGAGACGAAAGCAUGAGCGACGUGACGUUUGACUCCUUGCCCUCCUCCCCUUCCUCGGCGACGCCCCAUAGCCAGAAGAUCGACGUGCUUCACUGGCCGGUAUUCAACGAAGUGGACAAUCUGGUUCACAAAGAUCACGAGGGCCUUGACAACCAAAGGGACUCUGAAAAUGGAAGUGACAGCGGAUACCCCAGUGAAAAGAGGAGCGAUCUGGAAGACAUGGAUCACCGAGAAAGGGGCCAUUCCAACCUCAACCGAAGGCAUGAAUCCGACGAGGACAGCCUGGGAAGUUCUGCAAGGGUCAGCGUGGAGAAGUGGAACCUCUACAACGCCGCCCGAGUCCACAUUCACAGAUCCUCCUGCGUUGCGGUGGAAGUGCAGAGACUCAACGCCCUGGAGCUGGAGAAGAAAAUUGGGAAGUCCAUCUUGGGAAAGGUGCAUUUGGCCAUGGUUCGCUACCACGAGGCGGGCCGUUUCUGCGAGAAGGACCAAGAGUGGGAUCAGGAGUCCGCCAUUUUCCACCUGGAGCACGCGGCCGACUGCGGAGAGCUGGAAGCCAUUAUUGGGUUAGGUCUCAUGUAUUCUCAGCUGCCACACCACAUUCUCUCGGAGGUCAAUCUGGAGGACAGCCCAGAAAACAGAACCAAAGGCUUUGAGAAUUUAAACAGAGCAGCAGAAGCGGGAGAUCGUCCUUCCAUGAUCCUUGUGGCGAGAGCAUAUGACACAGGCAUGAAUCUUCGCCCUGACAGAGACCAAGACUGGAAGAGAGCCCUGUACUGGUACGACGCAGCAUUGAACAUGACGGACUACGACGAAGGAGGGGAAUACGACGGCACGCAAGAUGAACCCCGGUACCUGCUCCUGGCAAGGGAAGCGGAAAUGUUAACGACGGGAGGGUUUCAUCUGGAGAAGGACCCCCAGAGAGCAGGCGAGCGCUACACAGAAGCUGCGGAAGCCGCAACGCAAGCCAUGAAAGGCAGGUUGGCUCACCAGUACUAUCAAAAAGCCGAGGAAGCGUGGGCCAUGAUGGAAGAGUGAAACUUGAACCCAGUGCUGCUUUUCCUGUAGAUAUCAGGACAGAGACUUUUUUU